AUGUGGCCCCGGUCCCACCGUCGCCCUCCUCCCCUCCCCACACUCUCGUCACCGCGCCAACUCGACCCCGAGAACCAGCUGUACAAGGACAAGCGCGUCCGCCCUCGAUCCCUCCGACAGCGCAUCGCCUACCGCGCCACCCGCCCAUCGACCUGGGCCGCCCUCUUCCUCGUCGUCUUCCUCGUCGCCGCCUGGUCUCUCGGCCUCGUCGGCUCGUCGCGCCCUCGCGACCGCAUCAAGGGCGCACCUCGAGUUGUCGCCCGGUCAUGGUCCACCUCGCUCGGCAACCCGGCCGCACUCGGCGGUCCACUCAUCGAUGAGCGCGACGGCGCUGUCCUCCCGCCGGCCGCCUGCAACGAGACCAUCCUCAUCCUCUGCCCAAUGCGCAACGCCAUCGAGCACAUCUGGCACUUCUUCCACCUCGUCGACCAGCUCUCGUACCCGCGCCACCUCGUCCACCUCGCCAUCCUCGCGUCCGACUCGUCCGACCGCACCUACGCCCGCGCACUCGAGCUCGCAGACGAGCGACAGUACAGCAACAAGUACCGCGGCAACCGCUACGCGCGCAUCAGCGUCUUCGAAAAGGACUUUGCUCGUCCGGCGGCGGCGGCGGCGGGGAGCGGCGAGGAGGACGGCGCUGCAGCACAAGCGGCGUCGUACGAGGGCAAGAACGUCGGCGCCGAGCGGCACGAGUACACGGCCCAAGUCGGCCGCCGCCAGCUCCUCGCCAAGAGCCGCACCUGGCUCCUCAGCGCCGCCCUCGCCCCCGAGGUCGACUGGGUCCUGUGGCUCGACGUCGACCUCGUCGACUACGAGCCUGCUCUCAUCGAGCGCCUCGUACGUUCUGCCAAGGGCGAGGACGGCGAGGGCGAGGGCGCAGACGUCGUCGUGCCCAACUGCGUCUGGAAGACGUACAACGAGAUGGGUGCUUACGACCGCAACAAUUGGAUCGAGACGGCCCAGUCGCGAAUGCUCAAGCGCACUUUGGCCUCGAACGACGUCCUCCUCGAGGGCUAUCCCGAGCACCCGUCGCAUCGGUUCAACCUCGCAUCGCUCGUCCCGUCCGACCCGACCGCGCACCUCUCCCCCCACUCGUCUUACCACGCCCUCUCGCCCCUCCCCUUCUCGCUCCUCCCGUCCUUUUCGCCCGACGGCCUCACCCUCCCGUCGUCCCUCCUCACCCCCUCCUCGUCCUCCUCUCGUCCCGCGAGCCCUCUCGCGCACGUCCCGCGUACCCUCUCCCUCGACGGCGUCGGCGGCUGUGCCGCCCUCGUCCGCGCCGACGUGCACCGCGAGGGCGCCGUGUUCCCGGCGUGGCCGCCGGUCGACCACCAGCUCGAGACGGAGGGGUUCGCGCAGAUGGUCAAGGGCUUGCGGCGCGACUUUGGCGGGCGGGGAGCGGGGCAUGGAGGAGCAAGUGCCAGACGGGCAGGUAACGAGGGCGGGGAGGAGGUGGAGGAGGCCGAGCGAGCGGGUCGUCGGCGCGAGGAGGAUGACGAGGACGAGGGUCGGAUCGGGAAGAACGGCCGAGGACGGCUGCUCGGCCUGCCCAGCUACUACGUCUACCACGGGCUCUAUGGCUAGACGACGGCGUUGUAGACUCGCGCAUCGCAUUGCAGCGCACUCUCACAGA